CGGCGGUGGCAGGUGCGGCACGGGCACCGGCGGGAUGGGAGCAGCGGCGGCGGCGGCGGCCGGUGGCCGGCCCUGAGCCGCCCCCUCCGGCCCCACCGGCCCCGGGGAGCCCUGUCCCGGCCCGGCCGAACCCGCCCCGCCCCGGCCGGGCCGCCCGGCGGGCGGAAGAUGCGGCGCACCGGGGGCCGGUAGUACUAUGAUUUGGUAUGUGGCCGCUUUGGUUGCAAGUGUGCUCGGCGCCCGCGGGGUGCCCGUGCAAGGUGCCCUCGGCUCGAGGGAGGAGCCCGAGUUUGUGACCGCUCGCGCUGGCGAGAGCGUGAUCCUGGGAUGCGACGUUAUCCACCCGCUCACGGGGCAGCCGCCUCCCUAUGUGGUGGAGUGGUUCAAGUUUGGCGUCCCCAUCCCCAUCUUCAUCAAGUUCGGGUUCUACCCUCCCCAUGUCGACCCGGGGUAUGCAGGCAGGGCCAGCCUGCACGACAAGGCGUCCCUGCGCAUUGAGCAGGUGCGCUCCGAGGACCAAGGCUGGUACGAGUGCAAGGUGCUGAUGCUGGACCAGCAGUACGACACCUUCCACAACGGCAGCUGGGUGCACCUCACGGUCAACGCUCCCCCCACCUUCACGGAGACGCCGCCGCAGUACGUGGAGGCGAAGGAAGGCAGCAGCGUCACCCUGACCUGCAUGGCAUUCGGGAACCCCAAGCCCAUCGUCACCUGGCUGAGAGAGGGAGAGCUGCUGGCUGCCAGCAGCAAGUACCAGGUGAGCGACGGCAGCCUGACGGUGCUCUCAAUCAGUCGGGAGGACAGGGGUGCCUACACCUGCCGAGCCUACAGCAUCCAGGGGGAGGCCGUGCACACCACGCGCCUGCUUGUCCAAGGCCCACCCUUCAUCGUUUCCCCUCCGGAGAACAUCACGGUCAACAUCUCCCAGGAUGCGCUGUUCACCUGCCAGGCCGAGGCGUACCCAGGGAACCUCACCUACCUGUGGUACUGGGAGGAGGAGAACGUCUACUUCAAGAACGACCUGAAGCUGCGGGUGCGGAUCCUGAUCGACGGGACGCUGAUCAUUUUCCGGGUGAAGCCAGAGGAUGCUGGAAAAUACACCUGCAUCCCGAGCAACAGCCUGGGCCGCUCGCCAUCCGCCUCCGCCUACCUGACGGUGCAGUAUCCUGCCCGCGUGGUGAACAUGCCCCCCGUCAUCUACGUUCCCAUCGGGAUACACGGGUACAUCCGCUGCCCCGUGGAGGCAGAGCCCCCCGUCACGCUGGUCAAGUGGAACAAGGACGGCCGGCCCCUGCGCGUUGAGAAGUACUCUGGCUGGAACCUGCUGGAAGAUGGGUCGAUCCGAAUCGAGGAGGCAACCGAAGAUGCUCUCGGCACUUACACCUGUGUGCCUUAUAACGCCCUGGGUACGAUGGGCCAGUCUCCCCCUGCCCGACUGGUACUGAAGGACCCCCCCUAUUUCACGGUGCUACCAGGCUGGGAGUACAGACAGGAGGCAGGGAGGGAGCUGUUGAUUCCUUGUGCUGCUGCGGGAGACCCCUUUCCUAUCAUCGCCUGGAGAAAGGUAGGGAAGCCCAGCAGGAGCAAGCACAACACGCUGCCCGGCGGCACCCUGCAGAUCCGCUCCCUCGGCAAGGACGACCAUGGCGAGUGGGAGUGCGUCGCCACCAACGUCGUCGCAAGCAUUACUGCCAGCACUCACCUUACAGUUGUAGGCACAAGCCCUCAUGCCCCCACCAGUGUGCAUGUUGUGGUUGCCAUGACCUCUGCCAACGUCUCCUGGGAGCCCGGCUACGACGGUGGAUAUGAGCAGACUUUCUCAGUUUGGUACGGCCCUCUGGUGAAGAGAGCCCAGUUUGGCCCCCAUGACUGGCUGUCUCUCCCUGUGCCAGCUGGUUCCAGCUGGCUCCUGGUGGAUACCUUGGAACCGGAGACCGCGUACCAGUUCAGCGUCUUGGCUCAAAACAAGCUGGGCACCAGCUCCUUCAGUGAGGUGGUCACUGUGAACACUCUAGCAUUCCCUGUAACAACUCCAGAGCCUCUGGUGUUGGUUACCCCACCGAGGUGCCUCACAGCCAACCGGACACAGCAAGGCGUCCUCCUGUCGUGGCUCCCUCCUGCCAACCACAGCUUUCCCAUCGACCGCUACAUCAUGGAGUUCCGCGUCGGGGAGAGGUGGGAGAUCUUGGACGAUGCCAUCCUCGGGACCGAGAGCGAGUUUUUUGCCAAGGACUUGUCCCAGGACACUUGGUAUGAGUUCCGCGUCCUGGCGGUCAUGCAGGAUCUCAUCAGCGAACCCAGUAACGUUGCUGGCGUGUCCAGUACAGACGUAUUCCCUCAGCCUGACCUGACGGACGAGGGUUUAGCCCGCCCGGUGCUGGCUGGCAUCGUUGCCACCAUCUGCUUCCUGGCUGCUGCCAUCCUCUUUAGCACACUCGCCGCCUGCUUCGUCAACAAGCAACGCAAACGCAAACUCAAGCGCAAGAAAGACCCUCCUCUCUCGAUAACCCACUGCAGGAAGAGUUUGGAGUCCCCGUUGUCUUCUGGCAAGGUGAGUCCUGAGAGCAUCCGCACGCUCCGUCCCCCCUCUGAGUCCUCCGAUGACCAAGGCCCGCAGGCCAAGCGGAUGCUGAGCCCCACCAAGGAGAAGGAGCUCUCCCUCUACAAGAAGACCAAGCGGGCCAUCAGCAGCAAGAAGUACAGCGUCUCCAAGGCGGAGGCCGAAGCUGAGGCCACCACCCCCAUCGAGCUCAUCAGCCGCGGGCCGGACGGCCGCUUUGUCAUGGACCCGGCGGAGAUGGAGCCCUCCCUGAAGACGCGGCGGAUCGAGGGCUUCCCCUUCGUGGAGGAGACGGACAUGUACCCCGAGUUCCGGCAGUCGGACGAGGAGAACGAUGACCCCGUCGUCCCCGCCUCUGUCACGGCCCUCAAAGCCCAGCUCACCCCUCUCUCCUCCAGCCAGGAGUCCUACCUUCAGCCACCAGCAUACAGCCCCCGGUUCCACCGGGCGCUGGAGGGUCCCGGCACCCUGCAGGCCACCGGCCAGGCCCGCCCGCCGGCCCCCCGGGCUUUCCACCACCAGUUUUACGGUUACCUCAGCAGCAGCAGCCCCGGGGAGGUGGACCCGCCGCCCUUCUACAUGCCAGAAGUCAGCCCGCUCAGCUCGGUCAUGUCCUCCCCGCCUCUGCACCCCGAGGGGCCCUUCGGACACCCCACCAUCCCUGAGGAGAACGGGGAGAACGCCUCCAACAGCACGUUGCCCCUGGCCCAGACCCCCACGGGGGGCCGGUCCCCCGAGCCCUGGGGUGGGGCUGAAUUCCCCUUUGGCAGCCUGGAGGCGUCCCCCGCGGCGUUCCCCCCCCAGCUCCAGCAGUGCGAGGCGGCCGAGGGCUCCCAGCCCACCGGUUGUCUUCCUCGGGGGCCGCCCCCUUCCUCUCUCCAGGUCGUCCCCGCAUCCUACCCGGGCAUCCUGCCCCUGGAGGCACCAAAGAGUUGGACUGGCAAGUCACCCGGCAGGGGCCAACCCUCCGUGCCCCCCACCACCAAGUGGCAGGACAAACCUAUGCAACCCAUGGGAUGUCAAGGGCAGCUAAGACAUACCAGUCAAGGUAUGGGCAUACCCGUGUUGCCUUACCACGAACCGUCCGAACCCGUCGGCCACAGCGGCACAAGCACAUUCAGCCUGGACACCAGGUGGUACGAGCCCCAACCCCGACCUCGGCCCAGCCCUCGGCAGGUCAGGAGAGCUGAGCCCAGUUUACAUCAGGUGGUGCUACAACCUUCGAGGCUUUCUCCUCUGACCCAAAGCCCCCUCAGCUCCCGCAACAGCUCCCCGGAGCUGACCGCCCGCGCCCGGCCCCGGCCGGGCCUCAUCCAGCAGGCAGAAGUGUCGGAGAUCACCCUGCAGCCCCCCGCGGCGGUCAGCUUCUCCCGCAAGUCCACGCCGUCGACCGGAUCCCCUGCGCCGAGCAGCCGGGGAGAGAGCCCCAGCUACCGACCCACCACGGCCUUCACCCCCCUGGCCACCGGCUAUUCUGGCUCCCAGGGCUCCUCCCUGCCUGCGGACACCAUGGAUGUUUUCGGAGACAUCCCUUCUCCGAGGAGGGCUAGCGAGGAGAUCCUCAGACCGGAGCCCACAUCGACAACGGUAGCCACCUCGGGAAAACGUCCAUCUCCGUCCGGGGACGCUGCUGCACCUGAGAGGCUCGAAGCUCUGAAAUACCAGCGGAUAAAGAAGCCCAAAAAGUCAUCCAAGGGCUCCUCGAAAAACAGAAAACAAUCCAACGGCUCUGCCUCCCAGGUUCAGCACCUUCCCAGCUCUCAGGUACUGUGGCCUGACGAAGCUGUCUGCCUCCGCAAGAAGAAGAGACACCCUCGUCAGGACCCCUUCGCCCGCCUCUCGGCGCUCAAGGACGACCUCUGCCACCGGCAGCUCCCCGAAGACCAGACAGCCAUCCUCAACAGCGUGGACCACGACGACCCCAGCGGGCACGCCACUUUGCUUUAGCCUCGCGCCGGCCCAAGAAGGUGUUUUGAGCCGAUGGGCCCCCCUGCUUUUCAUGGUCUUCGACCUUUAAAGGCUGGAGCUGCAGCCCUCUCUCUUUCAGCCGUGUACCUGCCACGCUGCUGGAGUGGGAAAUCCCGCCAGGGCGCCUCGUGGACGCGUCUCUUCCCUAAACCAUCCUUACCUCCUUUCCCCGCUAGACCGAGUUACCUUCUGAUAGACUCUUGCCACGUGCUGGGCCGUGCUUUGGCAGAUGGGCUCGCCUCUUGCUUUGGCAACUUCCUCGCUUCUCCCAGCUCUCUGGUUUCCAUGCCCUUACGGGGUUUCUCUCCUCUCCUCCCGCGGACCUGGGACAUCGAAGCUGUGUCAGACGAUGCCAAACGUUUUCCCCCAUUCCAUCCCUGUUUGAACUCCGUUUUGUUUUGGUUGUUUGCAAACACGGCUGCUGCU